AUGGCUGCCUGGCCACUUGUUAGAUUUUCAGUAUGGACUUGUGCUCUGGCCCUGUUGAGCUGGCAUGUCCAGGCCAUCAGGCUUCUGUACGCAUCGGACUUUCGGAAUCAUGUCACAUCAGGGUCUGUCGUCCCGAUUGUCUGGCAGGACCAGAGAGGCGUCGUCGAUGUUGUUUUGGUGAUGCAUUGGCUAGACGGGCUCGUUAACUCCACCACAAUCGUAACGAAUUCUAACACAGGUUGGACUGUUUGGCAGCCGUGCCAGGUCGAGGGCGCCUUGUGCAUUAUUGUAGUUAUUGAUAGAGACCCACGAGACAGAAGCGUAAUUACAUCGGCUGUGUCGCCAGGUUUUGCAGUGAGGAGUGUUCCGCAGUCGUCUGGCCAACAAUACGUACAUCGGAGAACGAACCCAUUCACGAGUCUCUAUAUCGCGGAGAUCACAUCGCCCACGGUGGUCGCUCCAAGUACAGGCCUUCUCACUGACCCAAGCGAGCCGACUUGGUCCGCGAGCUUUUAUUCGUCCUCUCCAAGCUCCACGUCGGAAAUCAGUAUCAAAGGACCCUCGGACCGCUUGAUGUCAUCCACAGCCGUGGCUGCACAGGACGUCGGCACUACUUUGACGGUGAGUAAUGAGCACCAAACCUCGACCGCAUCAAUGCCAACAGAGAUGGCACUCUCCGGGGAUCCGACCGGCGGGCUUGGUACCAGCGCAGCAGCUGGGAUCGGGGUCGGGUCGACCUUGGUUGGAAUACUGAUUCUGGUCCUCGUGGGCGUCUACAUUUGUUUCCGGAAGCGGAAAACACCGGCACAGCAUGGAGGUGCCGGGAAAGAACCUUCCAGUCAAGAGAUCGAAUUGGACAGACCCGUACCGAGACAGCAAGGGAGCCAAGUCUAA